AGCACAUUUGCUUCUCCUGCCUGCUCGUCUUACAUGGACCGACUCUGACCUGACCACUGUGCCCUGACCUUUGAGCGACCUCUGCUGGGAUAUACGCUACCCAGAGCCAAGGCUGAACCAUGCGCUGCUGUAACUACAGGAUGUUCUGGAAACUGGCCUUGCCAGCCAUUCUGGUUUGGACACUCUGUGCAUCCACAGGAACCAAGAAGCCACGGCCGCGAGGCUCCAUCCCCUCACCUUACAAGCUGAAAGGCAACGAGCUGUCGUCCUCGCCUUCUAUCCUGCUGUCGUCGUUGUCACAGCAGCCGCUGACGCGACGUCAGAAAGGUAAGCAGGAGGUGCUGUCGUCGAGUCGAGAGGCGCUGGUGGUGACUGAGAGGAAGUACCUGAAGAGUGAUUGGUGCAAGACGCAGCCGCUCCGACAGACGGUCAGCCUGGACGGCUGUCUGAGCAGGACCGUCGUUAACCGCUUCUGCUAUGGCCAGUGUAACUCUUUUUACAUCCCCCGGCACCUCACGUCCCGCUCUCCAGCACGCCAUAGCCGGAAAACAGAUGACCACGACACCUCUUUCCAGUCAUGUGCCUUCUGCCGGCCACACCGGAUCACCACAGUAACAGUGCGCCUCCACUGCCCCGGGCUACAGCCGCCAUACCGGCAUCGGAAGGUGCAGCGAGUGAAGCAGUGCAGGUGCGUGUCUGUCAGUGUCAAUGAUGCCUACUGACCGAGGGUCAGAUGACCAUAGGCAGAGACGGCUGGAGUUACUCACUUUUGGACUAAUUUCAACACAACUGUGCAUCCUAGAACAAAUACUUGUCAGAGUAUCAUCAAGUACUGAGAUGAAAUGUCAUCUUUAACUGAAAACUGGACAAAAGAAGAGUGGACAACCCGGGAAUAUUUCAAGUUUGACCUCUUUAUAUGUGAAAGUCUGUGAGCACCUCUUCUUGUGGAUUGUUUGGCCUGAAUGCUGAGCCACCUUCCACAAGGAAGUCUGAGUUAUUCAUCUAGGGCCACACCAACCUCAGUGAACUUGGUCAAAAGUUAUUGUUUGGUUGCCUAAACAAAAGGACUUGUGAGACAGAUUUGGAGGUCACAGUUCGUCAAAAUCCAGAGGCCGGAGUAGAGUGGACUAGAUGCUACCCACUGUAGCACUGGCGUCUUGAAUUGAUGCAACAUAUAUGAGUCUUUGGGGCCCCAUUGCCAACAUUGGAUACAAGAAGACUGGACAUGUGUACCAGACUAGCCCCACUAUUACAGCAAUCUAUAGACAUCUAUAAUAAAUGACAACAUUUGAUAGGAAAAUAGCAAUAAAUAUACAUAGUACAGAUUUUUUAUGGUAUCUACUUUAGUAAAAUUCAAAUGUAUGUAUGCAAAAUACAAAUAAAUGUGAUUUUUAUAUAAUAAAUAUAUUAAUUUUACCUUAAGCUAAA